AUGGGCAAUUGCCUGGAUAAACUCCAAGGAAAUGGAACAAAUUCCGACCCACGUUCAAUCAUUAUUCCCUUAACGGGUGCUUCCUCAGUCGACAAUAGUCAAUGUGUUUCCUUCGAGUCGGAGCAAUCAAAUAACAAUAGCGGCAACCAUCCGCAUAAGCAACGAAAAGCUUCGUUGUAUGCUAGUAAUGAUCAUUUAUCUAUGUUGCACGCUCUGUUUAAAUACACUUGGCAAGCAAAUUUUCUUGCACCCGUUCAUGAGAAACUCGAAUUUGGAAAUGCACGAGUUUUAAAUCUAGGGCGCCACACGGGGGAAUGGGUAUUGGACGUCUCUGAUAAAUACCCACUCGCCAAAGUGUGGGGAAUCGACACAUCGAACUUUUCAUCAAAUUUCUCUGCAUCAAUACCAUUAAACUCUGUAUUUCUACAUAUUGAUGUUCUCAAAGGAUUGCCUUUUGCCGAUAACACGUUCGAUCUCAUUCAUACCCAAUGUUUAACAUUUACAUUUACCGAGAUCGAAUGGGAAAAGGUAAUGAAGGAAUUUUUACGAGUGCUAAAACCAGGAAUUGGUUGGCUAAGUCUCCUGGAAAUCAACUUAUUUUAUACAAACGAAGGUCCCAGCACCGCUAAACUUACAGACCAAAUGAGGUUGUUUCUUAAAGAAAAGAAAAUAAAUCCUGAUAUUGCAAUUCUACAAGAAAAUUUGUUACACGCAUCAAAUCAAUUCACUGAGAUUCAAGUCCACGAAAGAUUUCACACUCUGGAAAGUAACGUUAGUCGUGCGGGUGAGAUUGCUGCAAAGGAAUUUGCACUGACAAUGUAUGCUUUAGGUAGGGAACUGUCUGACUUUAUGGGAUUAGAUAAUGAAGAAUUUAUGUCUUUAGUAGAAUCAAGUGUCAAAGAAUUUAAUGCUUAUAAGACUAGAGCUAGACAGACUAGGAUAAUAGCAAGGAAAAAUCUUUAA